UACGCACUGACACAAUUUCUCACGGCCCCAAACCACAUUUCUACACCCUCAGCAAAUUCAUAAUAUUGUCCGGCCAGGCCCGUCAUACCUUAGUUUUCUCCAUCAAAGAAUGUCCAAAGACAGUUCCAAGGGCGCACGACAGCUUUGGGCAAAUGCCACUACUGGAGUAACAUCCCUCCUGUCAGGCAUGUUCUGAUCGCUUCCAGGAUCACCGUGUUUGCAGACGACGGCUUCUUCGACAAUGAGACGAAUGAUCUCUGUAGUUAACAAACAGCUGUUCAAGAUUACUACUAUACCACCUGACUGGAAGAUUGCUGUUGUCAACGACGCCACCCGAACAGUAACGAAAGUUGAGCCUCAGCUCUGUGCGCUCACAAAAGAAAUCAUAUCGCACAUGAAGCGGUGCCAACCAAAGGUCGUCCGAACCUGCGUCCUGGCAGUAAGGGCCAAAACCCCACAACGCGUCAACCAGGAAACAUACAUCUGGCCGGCACGGCGCGAGGAGUGUGCUGGAGUGUGCUGCUGCAAGCCAGCGCAGUGAGCUUGAAUUGUCCUUCUGGCUUCCGUCGACGUCCUUGCGUAAAACAUGGUACAUGGUUGAUGCGAAUUUCGGUCAACGUCGGGUGCCGCUGCUGAAUUAUAUCACCUAUAUGUACUACGUCGAUGGCUUCUGGGGUAAUCUCUUGCAAAUACAUAAGGUAACCUUCG